AUGGAGCUCCCCGCGAACCUUAAGCCCGACGAGGCGAGCCCGGAGUGGAUGAACAAGGCGGACAACGCGUGGCAGCUCACCGCGGCGACGCUCGUCGGCCUCCAAAGCCUCCCGGGCCUCGUCAUCCUCUACGGAAGCGUGGUCAAGAAGAAAUGGGCAGUGAACUCAGCGUUCAUGGCCUUCUACGCCUUCGCCGCGGUCUUGGUGUGCUGGGUGGGGUGGGGUUACCGCAUGUCGUUCGGCGAAAAGCUUGUCGUUUUCUUGGGGAAGCCGGCGGUUGCCUUGGACGAGAAGUUCCUUCUAAGGCAGGCUUUUUUGGGGCUGUUUCCUAAUGCCACGAUGGUGUAUUUCCAAGGCAUGUUUGCGGCGAUCACGUUGAUUUUGAUAGCGGGUGCGUUGUUGGGGAGGAUGAAUUUUCGUGCUUGGAUGUUGUUUGUGCCUCUUUGGGUCACGUUGUCGUACACGGUUGUGGCUUUUAGUAUAUGGUGUCCAGAUGGUUGGUUAGCCAAGCUUGGGCUUAUAGAUUACUCCGGUGGCUUUGUUGUUCACCUCUCUGCUGGUGUUUCUGGUUUCACUGCCGCAUUUUGGGUGGGGCCCAGAGAAGAAAAGGACAGAGAGAGGUUUCCGCCACCAAACAACAUCAUUCUGAUGCUUGCAGGCGCAGGCCUGCUCUGGAUGGGGUGGACAGGAUUCAACGGUGGAGAUCCAUUCGUGGCAAGCAUCAACGCAUCUCUGGCCGUCCUUAACACCCACGUGUGCGCUGCCACGAGCUUGCUGACGUGGGUCAUCCUUGACGUUUGCAUCUUUGGCAAGCCCUCUGUGAUUGGCGCCGUACAAGGCAUGAUCACCGGCUUAGUUUGCAUUACUCCUGCUGCAGGAGUGGUGCAAGGUUGGGCAGCCAUUCUAAUGGGAAUGAUAUCAGGAAGCGUUCCAUGGUACACAAUGAUGAUACUUCACGACAAGGUGAAGCUCUUGAGGCACGUCGACGAUCCGAUGGCCGUCUUCCACACCCACGCCAUUGCCGGCGUCUUAGGAGGCAUCCUCACCGGCUUCUUCGCUGUUCCGAAGCUCUGCCGCCUGUUCUACAUGGUUCCAGACUGGCAGAAAUACAUCGGACUGGCGUACGGCCUCCAGACAGGUCGAACCUCCGACGGAUUUCGACAGAUGGGAAUUCAGUUGGGAGGCGUUGUCUUCGUUGUUUUGUUGAACGUUGCCAUGACAAGCUUGAUUUGCAUGUUUAUAAAGUUGAUGAAUAUUCCUCUAAGGUUGGACGGUGAUGAACUGAAGAUUGGUGAUAAGGCCGUGCAUGGAGAGGAGGGUUUCGCGUUGUUGGAUAGGGAAGAUGAGUGGUUUGAGAAUGCCAAGACAAAUACAGUUUUUGAUGCGGAAGAUUAUCACUCGUCUGUUGUGUCAAGGUCCAUAAGUGAAGUUCAGUUAGUUUAA